AGGAGAUAUUCUGUAAGACCAGCCGUAGUAGCUGACUAUGAAGAUUUAUUAGCUAUUGUAACAGCAAUGGUAAAUAAUUUAGUGUACCAAAGAGAGAUUUUAAGAGCUUUGAUUGAAAACCAAGAUGAGUUGAAAUGUUACGUUUUGCUCGUGUACGGAAUAAUUAUUGGAUUUGCAAUAGUUUGCCCAGAAAAAAAUCCAGACUAUUUAAAAUUUCAUUUCGAUUUGGAGAAAUACAUGAAAUUCAAAUUGCACUGCAUUCCAAACCAUGGAUAUGUUAAACAUUUCAUGGUCAGCAAACUCUUCCAAAGGUACACUCGAUUUUUUUUAAGGGGGAUCAUGCAUAUGAGCGGUUUCACUUCUCUCUAUCACACUGUGUACCCCACACACAUCGCAUCCAAGUUUGAAGAUUUUACACCAUUAAGCGGUAUCAAAUUUUGGAUGCCAGUCCGGCCAAGGCUGGUACCGAUAUACAGUCCGAGCCUUCGGCAGAACCAGCCUGCAUUUUUAAUGGCAAAUGAUUAUCCGCCCUUUGCACUUUAUUAUACAAAUUAUAGACUUUCUAGCCUGAACAGGAGUUUUAACGAUUCUCAUAUAGUUGUUGUUGGUGCAAGUGAAACUGGAUUAUCUUUUAUUGAAAAUCUUAUAUUUCAGCAAAACACACCGUAUGUAGCGGCUGUGAAUAUAACAUUAGUGACAAUGCAUAGAUUCCCUCGCAAGUAUAAAUAUCAACAAAUAAUUGAAACAAUGAUGCCUAAAAAUGGGAAAUACAAUUUGAAAUACAUAAGUAAGCUUGGCCUGGAAAACUUGAUAAGGAUUGUGGAUGGGACGGUGACUGCAGUGGACAGAGACAUGAAGCAGUUGGUGAUUGACAAUAAUUAUUUCUUGAUGUACGAUUUUCUCUUCCUUUUUUGUGGCACACAAUUUGGAAAUCCAGAACUAGAGAAAGUUCAAGAUUUCGAGAGGCGGUGCACUGUACCUUAUGAUAUGAAGUUAACUUUGAGAACAUUGGAUCGUGAAAAUCCUGAAAAUUUAUUCACACUGAACUCCCCUCAUGAUGCAUUCUUAUCUUUGGAAUAUAUAAAAUCGCUUGAUCCCACUCCUGUUGGUAAAAUUAUUGUAUAUGGAAGCCAUAUUGGAGCAUUAAGCUGUAUUGAGGGUCUUUUGACCUUUGGCGUCCCAGGAAACAGGAUUGUGUAUGUUGAAACCAAGUCUCUUCGUCCACAUGCAAUUGACCAGUUCAACGAUCCAACAGUCUACAAAGAAAUCAGCAUGAUAUUAAAGAUCCUUAGAAUAACCGUUUAUAAAAAGUACACCUUCUCCUCUUUUGACCUAAACAAAGAUACAGGGAAAAUAGAAAAAGUCUAUUUUGAAUCACAAAACAACAUAAGCAGUUUAGAGUGCCUUGUUAUGUUCAGUUUUUCAGACAAGCAAGUCAAUAUAAAAACAGUUUUAGCUUUAAUUAAAGCGCACUUAGUAUAUGAUGGGAAACUGGUCAUCGAUGAGAACUUCAACACAAACGAUCCGUACAUUUUUGCUGCAGGGCCAAUGACAAAAUAUUCAAGAUCUUACUAUGCUCCAUGCUUCAAUCAUGAAUGGUACAAUUCAACAGAAGUUGGUGCUGAGCUUGCUUCAAGAGUACCAGAGAUAAUUAAAAUGCCAGGAUAUGCAAGACUUUCACCAUCGGGCCUGAUCAGGUUCAAGAUGCCCAAUGUGACACACUGCAUGCUCCCUGGCACGAGAUAUUGCCUGCUCGUAAGGAGUCCUGGUCCUCUUAUGCCGAUACAGACUCUGUUGAGCACCCAAAAGAACUUUAGUAAAAUAUUGCUAACAGGUCAAAUUGAAAACCCCGAGCAAAUCGGUUAUUUUAGAAUUAUUAUGGACAGUUUUAAUUGUGUCAGAGAUAUGGUCUGCGUUUCUUCCAUUCCAAUUGAUGCUCGUAAUCUGAUCAACGUUUACGGCAUGCAUGAUAUGAUGUUAAACAACAUUGUGGCAAGAUAUUACAGCCAACUUAUCCAAGAUUUUUAUGAAUACUUCAAGCAACCUUGGGCCUAUGUCUUAUACCAUGACAGAUUCCCACAAUUACUAGAUGACAUUAGCAAACAAUACUUGAAAAAGCUACCUCACAGCAAAUGGACAUUUGUUGAAUUAGUUGCUUAUGCUGUUAAGUUGAACAAAUGGAAAAAGAUUCCCGAAAAGUCAGGUCUGCUACUAGAAGACAUUUUCAACUAUGUGCCCAUUCUUAAAGAAAGGAUAAAGGCAAUUUUUCUCAAGUUUUUAGAGGAUAACUCUGACCAGCUGCCGAUGUUUGUGACCGACAGCUAUCUCCAAGCUCUGUUCGCAUCGACACAAUCCGACAUAAUUUUCGACUUCCAGAAUGUGCUCAGAGGCGUUAAACCAUUCGUACAGCCGAGAAUCGAAGUCGCAGAACCAGCCCAUGUGCAAUAUGAAACAAUGUAUUAUGAAAAAAUUAACUGAGAAUAAAAAUCCCGAGGAAGUUUUCGUUUUACUCAUAAAAUAAUAAAAUGCGCAGUUAAUUCGGAUUAAA